AUGGCGCCUUCAACCAAGAGAAAAGCCGAAGACGACUUCAUCCUGACCCUCUCAGACAAUGAAGAUAUCUUCGUCUCCGAAGAAGAAGUCCCCGCCUCUCCACCACCCUCAUCCAAGAAACGCAAGCUCGACGCAGCAGCGGCCCAAAAAAAAUCCAAGAAAGUGAAGAAACCGAAGAAGAGCACCGAUGACGACAGAGAAGAGAAAGAGAGCGAGGGAAUAUGGGGUGCGAAGGAUGAGGAUAACGGGGCUAUGGACUCGGACUUUGAGUUCCAGCUAGAGAACGGGGAUGAGGGUGCGAUGGAGGAUUUCGAGGGAUGGGGAUUUGAGAGCGCAAAGAAGGGACUGGGUGAUGGAAAGGGGGGCGAUAAGAAGGCGGUGGAUAUUGAUGAGAUUAUUGCACGGAGGAGGGAGAAGAGGGGAGAGGGAAGCCUGUUCCCUGAGGCAAAGGCUGAGGCGGAGCUCGAGCCAGCUUGGAGUGAGAGUGAGGUAGAUGGGGACGCCGCAGAAGCCCUGGAGCUCGACAGUGAUGCACAGGAUGAAUUCAUGGCGGAAGAUGGGUUUGGAAUGGGCGUUGGGUCUGACGAAGAGGAGUCGGGAGACGAGAAUGUGGAGGAGGAAAAAGAGGGAUCAGACAAUGAAGAUAACGAUGAGCAGGAUGAUUCUGAAGCCGACUCUGUAGCCAGUGCUGUGGCACAUCCGGGCGAUAUUGAGUCAGAUGGCUCAUCAGACGAGGGAGAGAAAGACGACGAUCUAGAGGAGGCAGCGCGACGAGAGGCAUUCUUUGCACCCGAGGAGAAGCCCGCCAAGGGUGCCAAAGCUGCGACGCAUGCGACAUUUCAAAGCUUAGGUCUAUCAAGACCAAUUCUUCGAGGUCUCUCUGCUGUUGGAUUCUCUGCGCCAACGCCAAUUCAAGCCAAGACUAUUCCGAUGGCUCUGCAGGGCAAGGACGUGGUGGGUGGAGCUGUUACUGGUUCAGGAAAGACAGCUGCAUUUAUCGUUCCUGUCCUCGAACGUCUACUAUACCGCCCCAAGAAGGUCCCGACCAGCAGAGUCGCGAUUCUCAUGCCUACUCGUGAAUUGGCAAUCCAAUGUCACGCAGUUGCUACGAAGCUCGCAAGUCACACGGAUAUCAAGUUCUGUCUAGCAGUCGGAGGUCUGAGUCUUAAAGUCCAGGAAGCGGAAUUGAGGCUCCGUCCCGAUGUCAUCAUUGCCACUCCUGGUCGAUUCAUUGAUCAUAUGCGCAAUUCAGUGAGCUUCACCGUCGAUACGCUCGAAAUCUUGGUUCUUGACGAAGCCGAUCGAAUGCUGGAGGCUGGUUUCGCGGAUGAAUUGAACGAGAUCUUGACCACGAUUCCAAAAUCCAGACAGACUAUGCUGUUCUCUGCAACCAUGUCGUCGUCGGUCGACAACUUGAUUCGUGUUGGACUUAACAGGCCCGUGAGAUUACUGGUCGAUGCCCAGAAGCAGACUGUCGGAACUCUUGUUCAAGAGUUCAUCCGUCUACGUCCUGGGAGAGAGACGAAACGGAUGGGGUAUCUACUGUAUCUUUGCGCAAACAUAUAUACUGAUCGAGUGAUUGUUUUCUUCAGACAGAAGAAAGAAGCUCACAGAGCAAGAGUCAUUUUCGGGCUUUCGGGUCUCAAGGCUACCGAAUUGCAUGGUAGUAUGAGCCAAGAACAACGCAUCAACAGUGUAGAAGCUUUCAGGGACGGCAAAGCAUCUUUUCUCCUCGCUACCGAUUUGGCCUCCAGAGGUCUGGAUAUCAAAGGCGUAGACACAGUCAUCAAUUACGAAGCACCGCAAUCCCACGAGAUCUACCUUCACAGAGUCGGUCGUACAGCGCGUGCUGGACGUCAAGGUCGAGCAUGUACGUUGGCUGCUGAACCCGACCGAAAGAUCGUCAAAGCAGCUGUCAAGACUGGUCGCACCCAAGGAGCCAAGAUCGUUAGUCGCGUGAUCGAAGCUUCGGAGGCCGAUGAAUGGGCCGCUAAAGUUGAUGACAUGAAGGACGAGAUAGACGAGAUUUUGAUCGAAGAGAAAGAAGACAAGCAACUUGCGCAAGUCGAGAUGGAAGUCCGCAAGGGAGAGAACAUCAUGGCUCACGGAGAGGAGAUCAAGGGUCGUCCCAGACGCACUUGGUUCGAGAGCGAGCAGGACAAAUUGAGUGCGAAGAAGGUUGGCCGAGCGGAGUUGAAUGGUGUCGAGAGUAUCCUGAAGAAGAAGCCUGGAAAGUUGAGUAACAAGGACAAGAAGAAGUUGGACGACAGGGAGGAGAGGAGCAAGGACAAGGUCUGGAAGAAGGGGAGGGCAGAGAGAGAUGGAAAGGGUGCUCUUCUGGCUGCGCGGAAGGAGGGCAAGGGCAAGAAGAAGAUGGCGGGGGGGAAGCCCGGUGCAAAGCCCGGCUCUAAAUUUGGCGGGCAGCCAAGAGGAAAGCCGGGGAAGGUUGGGAAAAAGCGGUAG